GCGGAAUGGCUGUGGAUGACAGCUUAUGAUGCAGACAAACGAAUAACAGACCAGUAGCUACGAAACAAAAGUAUCACAUUAUUACAUAAUACUGGUGUAGUUUGUUCUCUACUGCAGGCGGGUCACCAUGGAAACACCUAUUCUGAACCUCCACAGUUUAUAUGACAAAUUUAUGUCACAAAUUGGGUUUCUCAAUGACAACGUUGAGCCCAAGUUUAUUCAGGUGGUUCAAAAUUUUGAGGCCUGUCGUUGUAAAUGGCUCCUGGCAGAACAGGAUCUGAGAUCGUCCAAAGAGUUGGUUACCAAACUAGAGACUGAGAGGGGUGCUUUGGAGGUCAAACUCAAACAUGCUAGAAAUCAAGUUGAUGUGGAGAUCCGCCGCAGACAAAAGGCUGAAGCUGACCGUGAGAAAUUGGACCGUCAGAUGCAGUUGAUACGUGACCUGUUGACCAGUGAAGGAUCCAACAACAGCAUCCAGCUCAGUGCAGAGCAGCGAUCAGCUCUGGCAUUUCUGAACACCAACAGUCAGCCAGCAGCCAACUUGAAUACUAGCCGCAGACUGGCGACUAUCGACGAAUCUGGCUCCAUCUUGUCUGAUAUCAGUUAUGAUAAAACAGAUGAUUCUUUUGGUUGGGACUCCUCAACUGUAAGGACGGUGAGACUCAAAAAGCGAGAAAAAAGGCGCUCAUCUAGAAAUCAUGUUGAUGGCCCCCCAGGUACCUCUAAAAGGUCUCGAUCAACAGGCCUGACUUCAGAGCGGGCAAAUGAGACUCUUGUGACUACGACGACAGUUACAGUCCCUGCAGGUGGAGGAGCUGUUGAAGCAGUUUCAACUAUUGAGACUGUUCCGUAUUGGACUCGCAGCAGGUCCAAGAGUGCUGUAAACUGGGACUCUGAAUCUGUCAAGUCUGAAGAUGUCUUCAAGCAGCCUGGCAACUCCGAGGAAGAGAUAAGAGCCCGGCCCAGCACACCACAGAACAGCGGCGGUGUGCGAUUUCAUGAGUUUGUCUCCAAAACUGUCAUUAAGCCUGAAUCCUGCGUGCCCUGUGGAAAGAGGAUCAAGUUUGGGAAGAUUUCCCUAAAAUGCCGCGACUGUAAAGUCGUCUCGCACCCAGAAUGUCGUGAUCGCUGCCCUUUGCCGUGUAUCCCCAACUUUGGUGGCACACCGGUCAGAAUUGGGGAGGGUGUGCUUGCAGACUAUGUGCCAGAUGUGUCACCCAUGAUUCCUCCACUUGUGGUCCACUGUAUCAGUGAGAUUGAACAAAGGGGGCUGUUUGAGGCUGGACUGUACCGUCUGUCCGGUGCUGAUCGCACAGUGAAGGAACUGAAGGAGAAGUUUCUCCGUAGCAAAACCGUUCCCGUGCUCAGCAAGGUGGAUGACAUCCACGCCAUCACUGGUCUCCUCAAGGACUUCUUAAGGAACCUUAAGGAGCCCCUUCUUACAUUCCGCCUUAACCGUGCCUUUAUGGAUGCAGCAGAGAUUUCAGAUGAUGACAACAGCAUAGCGCUGAUGUACCAAACCAUCAGUGACCUGCCGCAGCCCAACAGAGAGACGCUGGCUUUCUUAGUCCUUCAUCUUCAGAGGGUUGCUGGCAAUGUGGAAACAAAGAUGGACAUCAGUAACUUGGCUCGAGUUUUUGGCCCAACAAUUGUGGGUCAUUCAGUCCCCAACCCUGAACCCAUGACAAUCCUACAGGACACCAAACGACAACCUAAGGUUGUGGAGCGUCUGCUGGCUCUGCCGGCAGAUUACUGGAGUCGGUUUGUUGUGGCCCAAAACAAGCAGCCAAACCUGAGUCACUUGAUCAUCGAGAACGCAAACUGCUAUGCCACUCCUGAGAGAGUCAGCAUGCUGGGACCGCUGACCACGCCGGAGCACCAGUUCAGCAAAACGCCGUCCUCCAGCUCCCUGUCUCAGCGAAUGAAGUCGACUCUGACACCCAAAUUUGGGAGCAGGAGCAAAGCGACCGUCGGCUUUGAUGGAAAAUUCUUUGCAUCGCCUCACCUCAAGUGAUCCACAGGUGCCACAUUGAAGUCUGUUUCUUUUUCAGCUACAUGACUAGUCUUCCACCUUGUGUAUAUUUAAAUAUUAUUACAGUGAGAAGAGUAGCAUAAUGUACUGUACAUGUAAUUUUCUUCUUUUCCCUCAAAUGGUAAGGUUUU